CAAGUCCCACAAGGCCCCUCGGCCCAGGGCCGGUUUGGCCCGGCCUGGGGUGGAGGCGGAGGCGGAGGCGCGGGAGUUAUGGAGGGGGCGGGCUCUGCAGGGAAGUGCGUCAGAGGAGGCGCGGGGAGAGUAGGGCGCUGUGGUCGGAGCUGGAGGGCGAAGCCGGUGGAGUGAGAGGAUGGGCGUAUGCAGGUGAUAGACUAGAGAACAAGACUUCUGUCUCCGUAGCAUCUUGGAGCAGUCUGAAUGCCAGAAUGGAUAACCGCUUUGCUACCGCAUUUGUGAUUGCUUGUGUGCUUAGUCUUAUUUCCACCAUCUACAUGGCGGCCUCAAUAGGCACAGACUUCUGGUAUGAAUAUCGAAGUCCUGUUCAAGAGAAUUCAAGUGAUUCGAAUAAAAUUGCCUGGGAAGAUUUCCUCGGUGAUGAGGCGGAUGAGAAGACUUACAAUGAUGCGCUGUUCCGGUACAACGGCAACUUGGGAUUGUGGCGACGGUGCAUUACCAUACCCAAAAACACCCACUGGUAUGCUCCACCAGAAAGGACAGAGUCAUUUGAUGUGGUUACAAAAUGCAUGAGUUUCACACUAAAUGAACAGUUCAUGGAGAAAUAUGUUGAUCCUGGGAACCACAAUAGUGGCAUUGAUCUACUUCGGACCUACCUUUGGCGUUGCCAGUUCCUUUUACCCUUUGUUAGCUUGGGUUUGAUGUGCUUCGGGGCUUUGAUUGGACUUUGUGCCUGUAUUUGCCGCAGCCUGUAUCCCACCAUUGCCACAGGCAUUCUCCAUCUCCUUGCAGGUCUGUGUACGCUAGGCUCCGUGAGUUGUUAUGUUGCUGGCAUUGAACUACUACAUCAGAAACUAGAGCUGCCCAAGGAUGUAUCUGGAGAAUUUGGAUGGUCCUUCUGCCUGGCCUGCGUCUCAGCUCCCUUACAGUUCAUGGCGUCUGCUCUCUUCAUCUGGGCUGCCCACACCAACCGGAAAGAGUACACCUUAAUGAAGACGUAUCGUGUGGCGUGAAGGGAAGCUGCCUUCUUGACCAUUACUAUUUUUCAUAUAUUUUUUUUUUUACUAUUGAGGUUUUCCCUUGUCUUUCAGUUGUCUUUAAUUUUUAUUUUAGUGGAUAUGCCAUUUUAUUCUAAAAGUCCCUUUUAUUUAUAUACAGUGCCACUAAAUACCAUUUAAAAUGUAUGUGGUUUUCUUUGAGUAGCUCAAUCUUCACACUGAUCUAGAUUCAGAAUUCAGACAGAAAGAACUUGAGAGAGGUGACCCAAAUUCGUAAAAGAAUAUUAGCAGUGGAAAAUUGACCCAAAACAGGCUCUGUUAAUGUCUGCUCAAUCCAGUAGUGUAGUAACUAUGUGUGAAACUAGAAACGAAUUUCUGUAUGAUAUCUGUUAUCACUGUCAGACCUUCAUCUUUACUUUCCUGUUGUUAGCAGUCAGCUAGCGGAACCAGCGUUCCUAAAGAUGUGUGCACAUAAAAUUGGGAAAUUCUUUAACAUCUGUGUCCCUGAACUUUGGUACAUUACUUCAUUUGAGGUGAAAUAUGGCAGCUGUUUAUACUGUGAUUGUCUACAAGAAAAAAAAGUGAAAAAUGAUGUUUACUUGAAAUUGUGAUUUUAACUGCAAAAUUUCAAUUCUAUGAGAAAAGUUGAUUAAUCGUACUACAUUAUACUUUUUUUAAAAAACUGAAACCAUUAAGAUUUUCAGUGCCACCAAACCAUUGUGGAUUUUUGCUGCUCCCCCUCCUGUCUCACACACCAGGCUUAUUAAAGAGUACUUUCUUUUUAACAGAGCUUGAGAAGAAUCACAGCCAAUUCCCCACCUGCUUUGUUCUAGCUGAGUACUAUAUGGGAGGUCCUACCAAUAUCGACCCCUAGAACUGGGGGUACUACCACCACAAGAUCUAAAGCUGUGGCCACCUACAACCUACAUUUAUGGGUCUUUAUUUCUUGUGGUGAAAUGAUGUGCCUUUCCUUGCCCAAAUCCCUUCCUGGUGUGUAUCAACAUUACUUAAUGUCUUCUAAUUCAGUCAUUUUUUUAUAAUAUGUCUGUAAACAUUGAACUUAAAAAUCUUAUUUAUUUACUCCAUUAUUGUAGCACUUCACAGAUUAAAAAAAAGUGUAACUCAGUAAUUUCUUAUCAAAUCCUAAAUCUGUCUUUUUUUAAAAAAAAUAAAAAAAGAGAAUCAUA